CCUCUAACUACUGCGUACUGUUUGAGUGUUUUUCAAAAUAAAAAUUUGGAUACAGAGAGAAAAUUAUUAAAAUUUCUAGAAAAUUAAUCAACUCAGAUCACCAUCAAGCACUGCAGAAGAAACUGAUAGAUAAGGGGAUACAAACACGCAGAAGGAACCCUUUAAAGCACGAAAUUUCCUAAAAUCGAUAUAGCUUCUAGAUUCUGCUUUGUUCCGUCAAUCUCUCUCCCGCAUUAUUCUAUUUGAAAUCCGAGGAAAUGGGAAGUUCUGAGGGAUCGAAAGGUGUAAUCUUGCUAGGGUUUCUGCUGCUGCUGAUCCUACUCCAGUCGGCGGCAGGUCGGUUCGUGGUGGAGAAGAACAGCUUGAGAGUGCUUUCACCGGAGAACAUCAAAGGCAAUUACGAUUGUGCCAUUGGCAACUUUGGGAUUCCUCAAUAUGGGGGUAGCAUGUCCGGGACUGUGGUUUAUCCCAAGGAUAACCGCAAGGGCUGCCGGAAAUUUGAGGAUUUCGACAUUUCUUUCAAGUCCAAGCCGGGUUCUCUGCCUACAUUUGUCCUUCUCGAUCGUGGAGAGUGCUUUUUUGCAUUGAAGGUCUGGAAUGCCCAGAAUGCCGGUGCUUCUGCUGUUCUAGUUGCAGAUAACAUGGAAGAACCACUGAUAACCAUGGAUACCCCUGAAGAGGAUGUUUCUGCUGCAGAAUAUGUUGAGAAUGUAACAAUUCCAUCUGCACUUAUUGACAAGAAUUUUGGCGAGAAAUUGAAGAAAGCAGUUAAUGGAGCAGACCUGGUUAAUGUAAAUUUAGACUGGAGAGAAGCUGUUCCUCAUCCUGAUGAUCGUGUGGAAUUUGAGCUGUGGACUAACAGUAAUGAUGAGUGCGGUUUUAAGUGUGACAUGUUGAUGAAGUUUGUGAAAGAUUUUAAAGGUGCUGCUCAGAUCCUCGAAAAAGGUGGCUACACUCAGUUUACACCCCAUUAUAUAACUUGGUAUUGCCCUCAGGCAUUCACUAUUAGCAGACAAUGCAAGUCACAAUGCAUUAAUCAUGGCAGAUAUUGUGCACCUGAUCCUGAGCAGGACUUUAGUUCAGGUUAUGAUGGAAAGGAUGUUGUUCUUGAAAAUUUGAGGCAGCUUUGUGUCUUUAAAGUUGCCAAUGAGAGCAAAAAGCCAUGGGUUUGGUGGGAUUAUGUGACUGAUUUCCAAAUUCGAUGUCCCAUGAAAGAGAAGAAAUAUAACAAGGAAUGUGCUGACGAAGUCAUCAAGUCCUUAGGUCUUGAUUUGAAAGGGAUUGAAAAGUGCAUGGGAGACCCUAGUGCUGAUGCUGACAAUCCUGUUUUGAAAGAAGAGCAAGAUGCUCAAGUUGGUAAAGGAUCGCGAGGUGAUGUCACUAUAUUGCCCACUCUUGUUGUCAAUAACCGACAAUACCGAGGGAAGUUGGAGAAAGGUGCUGUUUUAAAGGCUAUUUGUGCUGGCUUUGAGGAAACCACAGAGCCUGCAGUUUGUUUGAGUGAUGAUUUAGAGACAAAUGAGUGCUUAGACAAUAACGGUGGCUGCUGGCAAGAUAAAACAGCCAACAUUACCGCCUGCAAGGAUACAUUUCGUGGAAGAGUCUGUGAAUGCCCCAUGGUUGAUGGUGUGCAGUUCAAAGGAGAUGGUUACAGUUCUUGCAAGCCAAGUGGACCAGGCCGAUGCAAACUGAAUCAUGGAGGCUGUUGGCAUGAAACUCGAAAUGGACGUAGUUAUUCUGCUUGUGUGGAUGAGGAAGAUGGCAAGUGCACAUGCCCUCCAGGAUUUAAAGGAGACGGCAAAAGUUGUCAAGAUAUUGAUGAAUGCAAGGAAAAGAAAGCCUGCCAGUGCCCCGAAUGCAGCUGCACAAAUACCUGGGGUAGCUACGAAUGCACUUGUAGCGGUGACCUACUGUACAUGAGAGACCACGAUACUUGCAUUAGUAAGAAGGCUGCGACUGAAGUCAGGUCUGCGUGGACUGCUGUCUGGGUCAUUAUUAUAGGACUCGCCGUGGCUGCUGGUGGGGCAUAUCUUGUAUACAAAUAUAGAUUUAGGUCAUACAUGGACACGGAGAUCAGGGCCAUAAUGGCGCAAUACAUGCCACUCGACAGCCAAAAUGAAGUUCCAAGCCAUGUUUCUGAUGACCGUGCCUGAAGGGUGUUUACUUGUCGCUAUGCGUCCAAGAAUGAAGUUUCCCGGAACUUUGCAAGAACUGUGCAGGAGAAGGGGAAGCCUCUAAUCAUUACCAUUCUUUCGGAAUCGUUGCACAGGGAUCAAAUGCCUCUUUUCCUAUCAAGGGUUGGUAAAAUUAUUUGGGAGAGUUGUAAAUUAUGUCAGACAAUAAACUUAUAAAGAUCUUGUUUGGUGUCUUGUAACUUCGUGAGCUAGGAAUUAGCUAAGGUGCACCAGGGAAUGUGGGAUUAUGUAGAUCCCCUCUAUGGUGAAUGCUUUUAACGAGUGCAUUUGUUUUUCUUAUGCAACAGGAAAUCAGUACACUUAGAAAUGGUGAAUGGUGACUAAGAUUUGUACCGUUACAGUUUACAGAUUAUUUCCACGUCUUCUUUGUUUCUCA